CGGCAGACAUUCGGGGCGGACAGAAACGGGGCUCGGCGCCCCCCGCGUGCACGUGUGCUAGCCCAGGCAGGAGGGAGCUCCUCGGCGGAGGAGUCAAGGAAGAGGGGGAGGGAGAAACGCGCCAGAACCUCGGUCCCGGGCGCCCUGGUCGGCCGCGGAGGAGCUGCAACCUCCAACAGGAAGGUGUGGUCCCUGCCAUGCUAUCAUCUGCUCUGCUCAGUGACUGAAGGCGCCUGCAUCCCAGCUCUGCCAGGAAGCAAAGGUUGUCACGUCUUCCCGAGCCAGGCCAGCCAGGAGCGCUGCAUGCAAAUUCUGCCGUGGGCUAAGGCACGCUAACCAGAGCCGGCGGCAUGGACUUCGUCAUGAAGCAGGCCCUUGGAGGGGCCACCAAGGACAUGGGGAAGAUGCUGGGGGGAGAAGAGGAGAAGGACCCGGACGCGCAGAAGAAGGAGGAGGAGCGGCAGGAGGCCCUGCGGCAGCAGGAGGAGGAGCGCAAGGCCAAGCACGCGCGCAUGGAGGCGGAGCGGGAGAAGGUCCGGCAGCAGAUCCGAGAUAAGUAUGGGCUGAAGAAGAAGGAGGAGAAGGAAGCAGAGGAGAAAGCGGCCCUCGAACAGCCCUGCGAGGGGAGCCUGACCCGGCCCAAGAAGGCCAUCCCUGCGGGCUGCGGGGACGAGGAGGAGGAGGAAGAGGAGAGCAUCCUGGACACGGUGCUCAAAUACCUGCCCGGGCCGCUGCAGGACAUGUUCAAGAAGUAACCAGGCCUCCUGCCCCAGCCCACUCCACCUGUUACUACUUCUUUUUGGUUCUUUCUUUUCUUUUUAUUAGGUUAAGUCUCAAUUCUGAAGGGGAAAACCUCAGUUGGCCUCUGCCCCCCUUCCCCAGCCAGGGGCUUCUCCCCCUCAGCUCUCCCUCACACCUCCCUUCAUUCCAGGGUAUCC